AUGCGACGCUGCUGCAGGUGCAUCUGCCGCAGCGUCAACCUGCCCGCGUGUCGUCUCGCAUCGGGCUACGUGUUUGAGUUUCCCAGCCAGCACCAGUGGAGCGUCUUCUGCCAGCACGCGAGCUGCCAAGUGCUCUUCCUCGAGCUGCGCCAGAUCCAGUUCCCAGAUGCGUGCCGGUCCUGUGGCGUGGACAGCCCCAAAAUCCCUUUUGUCGACGCCUACGUUGGUUCGCCCUUUCACUACGAUUGA